GGGGGGCAAAAGGGGCGUGACCCUCGAAAGAGCCUGGAGCAUUGCCUAAAGGGAACUGCAGAGAGAGAGUGUUUUUCAGUAACGGAGCAGACCUGCCCCCCUCCCAAGAAAAGGGUGCAAAACAUCAACAAGAGACCCCCCCGGCCGCCCUCCUCCUUCCCUUGUUCCUGUGGCUGGGGGGGUACCACCUCCCUCCACCCUCCACACCAUGGAGCCAUCUCCUUUGUCUCCAAGUGGGGCAGCACUCCCUGUGCCUCUGUCGCUGGCCCCGCCCCCACUGCCCCUGCCUGCAGCUGCAGUGGUACACGUGUCCUUCCCGGAGGUAACCAGUGCCCUCCUGGAAUCCCUCAAUCAGCAGCGACUACAGGGCCAGCUCUGCGAUGUGUCCAUCCGAGUGCAGGGCCGGGAGUUCAGAGCUCAUCGUGCUGUCCUGGCUGCCUCCUCCCCUUACUUCCACGACCAGGUCCUACUCAAGGGCAUGACCUCCAUCUCACUGCCCAGCGUCAUGGACCCUGGCGCCUUCGAGACUGUCCUGGCUUCAGCUUACACUGGUCGCCUCAGCAUGGCCGCUGCUGACAUUGUCAACUUCCUCACAGUGGGUUCUGUGCUCCAAAUGUGGCACAUUGUGGAUAAAUGCACGGAACUCCUUCGCGAAGGUCGGGCCUCUGCCACCACCACCGUGACCACGGCUGCAGCCUCCUCAGUCACUGCCCCUGGUGCUGGGGUCCCAUCAGGGAGUGGGGCCACUGUGGCCUCUGCCACCGUGGGCUCUGUGCGCUCCCAUGCCUCCAGUCGGGCCAGUGAGAAUCAAUCCCCCAGCAGCAGCAACUACUUCAGCCCCCGAGAGUCUACUGAUUUCUCAUCUUCCUCCCAAGAGGUGUUUGCGGCUUCUGCAGUGGGCAGCGGGGAGCGUCGAGGAGGUGGCCCUGUAUUCCCAGUCCCUGUGGUUGGCAGUGGGAGCACUACCUCUGGGAAGCUGCUACUGGAGGCAGAUGAGCUGUGCGAUGAUGGUGGGGACGGCAGGGGUUCGAUGGUUCCUGGGGCGGGGCUCCGACGGCCCACCUAUGCGCCCCCCAGCAUCAUGCCACAGAAGCACUGGAUAUAUGUAAAGCGGGGUGGAAGCUGCCCAGCAUCAGCGCCCCUGGCUUCCCAAGACCAAGAUCUGGAAGAGGAGGAGGAGGAAGACCUGGUUUUGACCUGUGAGGAUGAUGAAGAAGAGGAGCUAGGGGGAGGGUCGGGGGUUUCAGCGGGGGGAGGACCCGAGGCCACCCUUAGCAUAAGUGAUGUCCGGACCCUGACUGAGCCUCCAGGCAAGGGAGAGGAGCAGGUCAAUUUCUGUGAGUCCUCCAAUGACUUUGGCCCCUAUGAGGGUGGGGGUCCUGGGGCAGAGCUUGAUGAUUCAGGGAGGCCCACCCCUUCCUCCUAUGCCCCCUCCCUCCCAUCAAGGCCCCUGCUUCCUGUAGACGUGCAGGGCAACCAGAUCCUAGUCUUCCCAUCGCCUUCCUCCUCCUCACAGGCUCCAGGCCAGCCGCCAGGGAACCAAGCUGAACACGGGGCUGUGACUCUGAGGGGCACAUCCGCAGGGAGCCUGGGUGUCCCGGGUGGCGCUGGUGGGACCCCUGGAGGGACAGGCAGCGGGGACGGGAAUAAGAUCUUUCUGUGCCACUGCGGGAAGGCCUUCUCCCACAAGAGCAUGCGAGAUCGUCACGUGAACAUGCACCUCAACCUGCGGCCCUUUGACUGCCCCGUGUGCAACAAAAAGUUCAAGAUGAAGCACCACCUGACCGAGCACAUGAAGACACACACAGGCCUCAAGCCCUACGAGUGCGGCGUCUGCGCCAAGAAGUUCAUGUGGCGGGACAGCUUCAUGCGCCACAGAGAGUCCCCCGGGGUGGGCGCGGGCAACAUCGACGAGGGGAGUGGGGCCACGCCCCCGUUGGGCCGUGGGGUCUGGUCCCCACCGGGCGCUCACAAAGUGGAGAUGGGCUUCAGUGGGGGUGGAGCAGCAAACUAAAGGAGCGGGCUACCGGGGGCAGUUUUCACGGCAGGAAACGGAGCACGAGCCGGAGCGCUGGGGCCCCGGUACUCUCCCACUGCUGUUACUGUCUUCCUCAUCGUACGGACUUGUAUAUAUUCUGCAGGGGGCGCCACAUGGCGCCAUCACCACCCCGUCCCACUCAGCCCCUCCCCCUCCAAUAUCCGGAAAUUCAGCCCUUCCUCUCCCUCAGGGCGCACCGAAGCCCGGCUCCAGAACAGGGCGCACGUGGUGGGGGGAGGGAGAGGGCGCCUGUUGAGCUUCCUGGAGUCCCAGGGUCAAGGGUCAGGUGGUUAUAGUCUGUAUCUUAAGUCGGUGUUGUUGUGGGGACCAGGCCUGGAGCCCCAUCCUUGUCCGAGAACCCUCCCCCAAGGAUGUGCUCCUUAAAUCUACCCAACCCCUCCCUUUCCUUGGGGCCCCUCAACUCUAUUCUCUUUGGGGAGGGAGUGGAGACAGGGAGGGAGGGAGUCGUAGGAGUACAAGGUUUUUAUUUUAAAUCUUAUUUUUUUUAAACGGUGAUUAAAAUAUUUAUUGGUCGUUUCACUUGGCUUCCCACAACCCCUAUGUGUUUGCUGGGGACCCGGCACAGGUAGGGGAAGGCAGGGUAAUGGUUCUCGAGGAAGUGGAUUCUGCGGGGAGGAGGCGGGAGGAGGAGCCUAGGGUUG